AUGACGGGGGCAGGAGAUGACUGGGGCAGGAGAUGGAGGAGACAGGAGAUGGAGGAGACAGGAGAUGGAGGAGACAGGAGAUGGAGGAGACAGGAGAUGGAGGAGACAGGAGAUGGAGGAGACAGGAGAUGGAAGAGACAGGAGAUGGAGGAGACAGGAGAUGGAGGAGACAGGAGAUGGAGGAGACAGGAGAUGGAGGAGACAGGAGAUGGAGGAGACAGGAGAUGGAGGAGACAGGAGAUGGAGGAGACAGGAGAUGGAGGAGACAGGAGAUGGAGGAGACAGGAGAUGGAGGAGACAGGAGAUGGAGGAGACAGGAGAUGGAGGAGACAGGAGAUGGAGGAGACAGGAGAUGGAGGAGACAGGAGAUGGAGGAGACAGGAGAUGGAGGAGACAGGAGAUGGAGGAGACAGGAGAUGGAGGAGACAGGAGAUGGAGGAGACAGGAGAUGGAGGAGACAGGAGAUGGAGGAGACAGGAGAUGGAGGAGACAGGAAAUGACGGCGACAGGAGAUGGAGGAGAUGGAGGAGACUGGAGAUAACGGCGACAGGAGAUGACGGGGGCAGGAGAUGA